AUGGCUGCCGUCUUCACGAAGCAGAACGAAAAUGGAGAAGGCCAGCUGGUCCUCUUCACGUACCCCUCGACAAGCGACGACGAUGAGACCUCACAGAGUUCUGUCCACAACCUCACUAAGACAUUCAAGAACCUUCUCGCCGGUGGAGUCCUCAACAAGACAACCCACCUCAUCAUCACCGGCUCAUGGGUCUUUGAUGACAAGAAGAUCAGUGAAAUCCAAACGCACUACGGCGCACUCCUUAGUCGUGAUGCAUGGGAGAAGAACACGAAUGAGCGCGCGGCGGCUGCACAGAAUAACCGCAAACCGCCGCCAUACCUCUCUCCCGGAAAGCGCAUCAUGGGAAUUGUCCGCAACAAGAGCUUCGGAUCACAGCGCAGGGCGGCGCGUAUCUAUGAGCGUUCGAUCGGCAUCCGCUACGUCGUUGCAAUAAUCGACCUCAUUGGCAACAACCUGAAGUCCUUCACCUGGGCUUCAGAACUCCCGUUCCACAAGAGCCUGUUGUUCCACCUACCUCGCGGCAUUGAAACUCUUGACAUCAACCUCAACGUCUCCAGCGGUAAUACCACUGCCAAGCAUCACUCUGAACAACUUACUAUGGAAGACCUCCAGCCACUCUGCGAAUUCCGAGAGUUACGUGACCUGCGCAUCGUCGGCAUGAAAAUCUCGUUUCAACCUCUCAUCUGGGAAGUCGUUUGGUUGAACAGCAAACUUGAAGAGCUGGAGCUGGGUAUGGCCGAAAACCCCACUGCUAAGGGUGUAAAUGGAAAAGCCUGGACUGUUGUCAGCAAAGACUGGUACCCGAACGACGAUUUUACUAAUAACGGAUAUCGUGGACAGGAUGGUGCAGGGCCCUUAGACUCAUCCUUCGGCAAUGGCGAGUACCUUGACGCGCUCACCAUUCGUAAGGCGCGUGUCACGGUUGCGCAAAAUGUCUCCCACAGCCUCGGCAACCUUCCGAUACUUACUCUUCGACUUUGUGGCUUCGUUGUUGACGACAUGCCUUUCAGGCAGUACUUUGAGAAGCUUGAGUGCCUGGAGCUUUACGACGGCUGCAUCGACGCUGGUUUUACGUUGAACAACUACCUUGCUGCGCGUGUGCACCUUGUUUGGGGCGGUGGGAUCGAGGAGUCUGCACCUAUCAUUCCUCACAUCUCUACGACUAGAAGCGGCGACGUAAAUAUUCUAGAAUUCGCCGAGAUGAUGCAUGCUCUGCAAAUGGAAGACGAAGAGCAAUCAGAGACAAGGAGUGUCCUGGAAUCGAAUGGCAAGGAAGAUGGAGAUGAAGGCGACGAAAACACUCACAAGGGCACUCAUCGUUUCAAGUCGAGAUUUAAGGAGACGUUCGAUCUCAAGGCACGCUUCACAGAAAUUCUCGAUUGAGCUGGACAGGUUCAUGGCAUAGAAAGACGAGAUGGGGAAGAGUGCUUUUGCUUCAGCUUGUACGAACCAUACGAAUCAGAAUGCGGCCAAUAACAGAAGUUGGAAGACAAAUUCUGUCGAUCCAGCAUCUGUUUACAUUCACUUCAGUAUCGGCACUGAAAGACGUUGUAGAUUCAUGGAUCCAGUAGCUUUGAGCUGUGGGAUGGGAAAAGUCCGGGUAUAUACGAUGUUGUACUACUAAGCAGAGCAG